UUUUUUACAAGUUGCUAGAAAAUGUCGAAUGAUUUUCAUUUUUCGGUGAUUUACCAUUUAGACUUAGCGUCAUUGAUUAACAUGUAUCUCUUAUUCUUAAAUAUCCACAGCAUUGUAAAAGUGAACAAUAAAGUUAAUUAAAAUUCAAACGUCGAAGCAACUGAACUGAUAAAACUGACAACAAGAUUUAAACUUUAACAUGACAUUAAAUAUUUUGAUCAACAAAAAUACUCAAAAAUAAAAACAUUAAUCAGACUUUUGUGAAAGUGAAGAAAUUUGUGAAAUAUAAUCCAAAGUCUUAAGUAUCUACAUAAUUAUAAACAGAAACAAAUAAUAAUUCACAGAAAAUGGAAGAUAUAAAUAACCAUGGAGACUUAAACUUUACAGAGGCUUCUGGCGUUUCGAUCCAUUUGAGUGAUGUCAUUGCUGUAAUUGAAAGCACAGAUCCGGCAGCUCAAAGAAUGUUUCAAAAUCAAGACGUCACCACACAAAUGGCAAACACAAAUCAUUCUCCAAUCAAUAUAAACCAAGAAAAUCAACCACAACAAGAAUCAUUGAAACCUUAUGUAGCAAUCAUUGAACAGCCAGCACCAAAAGCCCUCCGUUUCCGUUAUGAAUGUGAAGGAAGAUCAGCUGGAUCGAUUCCAGGUGCCAACAGUACUCCCGACAACAAAACCUAUCCUACCAUUCAAGUGAAGAACUAUGUCGGUAGAGCUGUUGUUGUUGUAUCAUGUGUCACCAAAGAUGCACCAUACAAACCUCAUCCGCAUAGUUUAGUUGGCAGAGAAGGAUGCAGGAGGGGUGUCUGCACAUUGGAAAUCAACACUGAUGACAUGAAGCUAGCUUUCAGUAAUUUGGGUAUUCAAUGUGUAAAGAAGCGCGACAUUGAAGAAGCUUUAAAAACCCGUGAAGAGAUUCGUGUUGAUCCAUAUAGAACUGGAUAUGAUCAUCGCAAUCAACCAUCAUCAAUCGAUCUUAAUGCCGUACGACUCUGUUUUCAAGUUUUUCUUGAGGGACCUCAAAAAGGAAAGUUCACGACAUUGGUGAAGCCUGUGGUGUCGGAACCAAUUUACGAUAAGAAAUCAAUGUCAGAUCUGGUGAUCACUAAAUUGAGUCAUUGUAAUGCACUUUGUAAUGGUGGACAAGAAAUGAUUCUUCUUUGUGAAAAGGUUGCAAAGGAAGACAUUGGCAUUCGUUUCUAUGAAGAAGCAGCUGAUGGUUGGGAAGGAUUUGGUGAAUUUCAACAUUCACAAGUACAUAAGCAGGUCGCUAUAAGUUUCCGAACACCAAGAUUUAAAGCAAUUGACAUAUCAGAGCCAGUUAGAGUGAAAGUUCAACUUCGACGUCCAUCUGACGGUGCCACAAGCGAGCCAUUAGACUUCGAGAUGCUUCCUUUAAAUGAAGGUAGGCGAGGUUAUUGGAAUAUUCAACGAGAGUUGAAGAAGAGAUCAGCAACGACUGAUCUCUUUCAACAACUUUUAGAUGAUCAUGAUAGUUUUAAGAUUAAGGUACAAGAAGGGGGAGAAGAUGUAACAAAAGUCAUUUCACAACCGUUGCAUGAAGUUGUUAAUUUGGUAACUCCCGUUGAGGAGAAUUCUAAGUUCAUUGAUAAUACGACACAUGAUGAGAAAACAAUUAAUUGGUUAGAGAAUGCCGAGUUCAUCAUUGACACUAACAACAAUGAAAACGAUCAGAAUUUAUUGAAUCAAAGUGAAGAUGACAAAGCUUUGAAUGAACUUUUAGAGCAAGUGGCAGAAUUGGAUGUAAUUUAUCAAGAUCAUCAAUUACGUCGUGACACUGACAUGUUGGAAAAUGAUUUACGUAAUUUGGAUCAGAGUUUGCCAAAAGAAGGAGAACAUCAACUGAUGGAUAUGGAAGAUGCUUUUGAUUUUGAUGAUGCUGCGACAUAUACAAGCUUACAGAAAGCAUUUAAACAUCCUUUGGAUAUUUCUGAAGGUCCACCAGUUCCACCAAAGCCUGGAAAGUUUUCCGAUGGAACAACAUUUGAUUUAAUGUUACCACCAAUUGUUAUAAAUCCCGCAACGCCUGACAUUUUGGGUUGCAAACGUGAUGUUUUUGAAAAUGAAAAGUUGCCGCCACUUCCACCAAAACGUGCGAAGAAAGUCGUUGAAUCUUACACUGUUGAUAAAGAGAAUAUUGUUGAAAAUAAAGAUGAUCAAAAUGGCAUAUCAAGACACAGUUCAAAUCGUAGCCUAAUCCAACGUACACCAUCACAAAUAGUUAUUAAGUCAGCUGAUGUUCGACGAAGUCCAUCACAUAAAUUACCACCAAAACCUAUCAGCACUUCAGCUAACAAUUCACCAAAGAGUUCACCAAAACAUGCGACGUUACCAAAAACUAAGAAACCAGGAUUCUUCUCGAAAAUAUUCUCACGCAAGAAGAGUAAACCUGACAUUGGUCAUGAAGUUGGAAAAGAUGAAAGCAUUUUUGCUGAUCAGGAAACUGUCUCAAUGAUUCACUUUAAUCCAAAUGAUCCAAAUCGUGAAUCAAUUCGCAGCACGAGAUCAUUGAAGCCAACAGAAAAUAAAGCUGCGAAGCCUGGUAAAGCAGUUGGUCGUAGUGUUAGUAGCGUGUCAGGUAAACGUCCUUAUUUGACGCCUGACAUUGUUCAUAUUCCUUUGAAAGGUGACAGUUCAAAUUCAUUGCCAUUGCGUGGAAGUGAAAGCAACACGCAUUUAUCAUUACCAGGUAAUGACUUUUAUGAACGCGCUAGCACCGCUUCACUCCAUCCAAUCGAUCAUAAAACAAUCAGUGCCUUGCAACUUGCAGACGUUCCCAUAUCAGACGGUGACAUGGAAUUGGUUGCCAUUGCCGAUGCUCAAAGUUUAAGGAAUCUUUGUGAGGGUGAAUACGGCAUAACUUUAGAUCCAAGCGUAGAUUUAACCGAAGCUGAACAUUACGCUCUCUACACGACACUAGCACCUCAUGCAACGGAAAGUGAAUUUGACGAAGCUUCUUGUUAUUAUCAACCCGUUGAAUCGGGUGAAAUUUUGACGCCCGCUGAUGCGGCAAAAAGAUUAGCGGAAAAUUUUCUGAAGCAAUUUAUGAUGAGAUAUACUCAAGUAAAUGAGAUAAGACGAAAGAGACAAAGGUCAGGUGACGAUGCCGCUGUAAUUGCUUUUAAAAAUUCGCCGGUACAUGAUGGUCCUUCGUACGCUCAAAGAGGUUUCAACGUGAUCAAUGACCAGCCAGUGAAGAUUGAACCAAGAGAACAAAACACGUCACCUUACUUACAUUUCCCUGGAGAUUAUCGUGAUCCAUCACACAGUACACCAUCACCACAACCACAACAAAUAUCUCCGCCCAUGUUUUCACAAGUCAGUCCAUCACCUUCACCUUACAAUAAUAAUAAUCACAACAUGGGACAAAUACUACAAAAUCAACUGCAAGCACCUCGCGUUACCACAAAUAAUUUUCAACAUCAAGAGACGCAUGGAAAUCAAAUUUAUACGCCGAACAUUCAGCAUACAACAUUUCCAAGCGGAAGCAACUCAAUAUGGACUAAUAACAUUAAUGGAAAUGAUCCGACGAUUAGCAGAGCAUUCUUUAACAACACAAUUCCGUCGAACGCACCAACAUCAUCAAUAUUUAAUCAGCCUUUGACGCCAUUGCUACCAAACAACUUAAGCGCCAAUAAUGAGCCGAUGGGCUCGAGUAUUCUAAUAGACUUGGACAAUCAAAUAUUAAAUAAUCUUUCCGGAGAUCUUCAAUGUUUAUCAUUUUCCGACUUCGCAAUGGAUUCUUUUUCAAAAACUGGUGAAAAAGUCAACAAGUUGUAGGCUUGAAAUUCAAAGUGCAUGAAUAUAUGUUUUCAUAUUGUUUUUAAUGUUUUUUUUUUUUAAUUUUAUAUAAAAUUAUGCAAUAAAAUGAAUGCUCAAAAAAUGAUGAAA